UUUGGGUUGAUUCAUUUGCAAACCAAGACCAUCCAUAUCCCUUUCCAUUGGUAUCAUUGAAUAAAAUGCAUCCACACAACUGAUUUUAACGUAGUUUCCAUGUAGUGUUAUCAUAAUUUGAAAAGUCAGAUUCUUUUACUGCUGCACUUCAUUUACAAGACAGAUACUGCUGAAGAUCAACUUUAACUCUAAAUAUUGAAGUAUAAAUUGACCAAAAAGGAAGAUGCUUAUCAUAUGUGCUUAGGUAAAUGGGAGCAGACAUUAUCCUUUCCCUCCUGUAUUCUCAGGUCUACUAAAUUCAUUGAUGGGUGUCAGCUAGACCAGGAAACCAGAUGAAAGAUUUUUACUUUUAAAAGAAGUACUAGAUGAUAGGAAGAAAUAUUGAGUUGGAGAAAGGAGUAUGGAAUAUGAGACAGAUGUUUGUUUUCAUAUUCCAGAUUUUUCAUUCACCUCUGGCGCAGUUCAUUAAAUUCCUCCAAGCAUCGCUCAAGUUUAAAAUGAGAUGGUGGAUUAGAAUUUCUCUGAGUUAGUUUUGGCCCUGACAUUAUAGAAAAGAAAAAAAGGAAUGUGUUGGAAAACCUUUAUCUUAGCUGGAAUCAGAAGUCAUUUUAGAGAAAGGGAAAAUAGAUAAAAUGACUUCGAUGUGAGGAUAUAAGGUAAGGAUGAAGGAGUGGGUGAGGACCCAUCUGUGUGAGAAAAGGAAAAGGUAUCCUUGUUUCGUUUCUGAAAAAGGGGGCAAGAAAGAGGAUGGUAACAGAGGAACAAGAGCAAGAACCAGAAAACUGGGUGCAGUGUGGGGAAGGGCCAGUAGAGGAGCCCUUGGUGAAAGUAGUGGUGUAUGCUGGUCAGAAUGGACUUUGAGUUCUGGAAAUGUCUAAUAUUCGCCUCCCUGGAAAUAAUCAGCAAAAUGUUUCACAGUCACCCAUGGUUUGGAGGUUUAAAUUUAAUAGAGCAUGAAAAAGGCUGAGUUUUUUUCAGGGUUAACAUGGUGAAUAUGAGGAACUACAAGUUGGUUGCUAUUUCGGAGCAUAAAGUGUGUGUGGUGUGGAGAAUUGGGAGAAGAGGUUGGUUAAGCUGGCGACAAUGAAAACACGCAGCCCUUGUGUGAUAAUCCAUUUGAACUCUUGUAUGGCAGUGAGUUUUAAACACAUGUCUCUAUACAUGGUCAGUUGUGAGAUACGUUGCAAGUAAUUUCAUGGUUUCUUUUCUAAGUAAAGAAUGAAUUCAAGAUUAUUUCCAUAUUAAAAAAUGCCUUCUUGAGGACAGAAAUCAUUUGGCGUAACAGUGAUUUGAUUUUCCCUAUUAUCCUAGUCUAAUCUGAAAUUCCAAAGUGUGCCAUACAUCUAUCAUAUUAAAAUAAGUUUCAGUUUUAUGAAUCACAAGCAAAUCCUCUCUUUGUAACUUUUACAAAAAUUCUUCCUUGCCCAGCAUGCCUGAUCCUUACUGUGAUUAGGUCCAAUGCAUCUUUGGAUCAAUUCUCAGAAGCAAUCGUGGAGCAACUAUCCCCAACAAAGAGUUAGAGUUCUGACACUUGUUUGCCUAGCACCCUGGGGCACACUUCUAUUGUGGUAAGGUUAUUGUUUAUUUACUUAAUUGUGUCCCCUAUUUGAUUGUGAGUUUUUUUUGAGAGCAGACUUUGUGUAAUAAGAUAGUUAAUGGCUUAUAGUAUAUUCUAUAAAUGUUGAAUGAAUGAAUAAUUAAUAUGAUGUUGCUAGUGAUACUGCCAGGACAAUGACUGCUUUAAAGUACCACUAAAAAUUUUUCCUUGGAAAUUGGUUAAGUUCAUGUUAUUUAAUAUAUACAGUGAAUAUUUCUACUCACUAUUACAGAUGUGCAUGAAGGAAUAAAAUGGUUAAGACAAACUGUACAAUAAUUUCAAAUUUUAUUUUUCUGGGAUUUACCCACUACCCCAAAGUUGAGAUCUUCAUAUUUGUGCUGUGCCUGCUGAUAUACCUGAUCACCUUGCUGGGCAAUAUUAUUCUGAUCUCCGUCAGCAUCCUGGACUCCCACUUGCACACCCCCAUGUACUUUUUCCUCAGUAACCUCUCCUUUCUGGACAUCUGGUACACCUCUUCUGCUCUCACUCCAAUGGUGGCAAACUUCGUUGCAGGGGAAAACAGCAUCUCAUUCUCAGGAUGUGCUGCUCAGAUGUACUUCUCUCUUGCCAUGGGCUCCACCGAGUGUGUGCUCCUGUCCAUGAUGGCGUAUGACCGGUAUGUAGCCAUCUGCAACCCCCUGAGAUAUCCCAUCAUCAUGAACAGGAGGGUUUGUGCACACAUUGCAGCUGGCUCCUGGGUGACGGGCUGCCUCACCGCCCUGGUGGAAACAAUGUCUGUGCUACAGUUGUCUCUUUGUGGUAAUAACACCAUCAAUCAUUUCACUUGUGAAAUUCUGGCUGUCUUGAAACUGGUUUAUGUGGACACCUCCAUGGCACAGUUAAUCAUGCUGGUGAUCAGCAUACUACUUCUUCCCAUGCCAAUGCUCCUUAUUUGUAUCUCGUAUGCCUUCAUCCUCUCCAACAUUCUGAGAAUCAGCUCUGUGCAUGGACGAAGCAAAGCCUUUUCAACAUGUGCAGCCCACCUGACUGUGGUAGUUUUGUUCUAUGGCACAGCUCUCUCCAUGUACCUUAAGCCUUCAGCUGUAGAGUCACAGGAAAUAGAUAAAUUUAUGGCUUUGGUAUAUGCUGGAUUAACCCCCAUGUUGAAUCCUAUCAUCUAUAGUCUACGGAACAAGGAGGUAAAAAUGGCUGUAAAAAAGUGUGCUUUCUUUAUUCCCAGUUGCAAAUAAUAUUGAUCAACAUUAAUGAAAGGAUUGUUAAGGUGUCAAUUUACACCAAAACAUCAGGGUGGUGUAGGAAGACACACAUUUUAAAUAUGUUAUUUCCUAAGUCUCUUUUUGAUUGACCAC